AUGUUUGGCAGGCUCGGGGUGCCCGACGCCUUGCUGGACGGCGCGCGGGAGGCGCUGCGGUCGGCGAGCGUCGCGACCUUGGUGUGGGUUGGCCAGGGGUCCCAGAGUUGCCCUGCGUGCCCGGACUGCCCGAGCUGCCCUGAGGUCAGCUGCCCCGAGGUGGCGGUGGAUCUCGGCAAGUGGAGGCUCGUCGCGGUGCUGCUCGCCGGCCUGGCGGGGCUCGCUGCGGGCUGCUGCGCGAGACCUAUCGCUCCGGCGCGCCUAGUGCUGGUGCGGUACGGGGGCGGGGAGGCGUACUGGCACGAGCGCCUCCUGCUCUGCAAGGUGGAGGGGACGACCUGGGUCAUCGCAGCGCCUGACGGAGAUGUCUGUCCAGAGGACAUCUACGGUCUCAACGGCAAGCCGUGCUGCCAGGGGUCGAUCCCGCCGUCCAUCCCGGCAAAUGCCCUGCUGUAUAGGUUCGCGCCGCUCGGACAGAUGCACACACCAGCAGAGUGGCGUCAGAUCUUCGAGGACGGGAUCGCGACCGCGCAGAUGGAGAGGGCCAUUAGGGGCAUCGACGACGCGGCCGCUGAUGCAGAUUCUGGCGCUGUGCGCGACCGUGUGGCGUUGCACGUGUGGACCGCUGAUGCUGGGCUGCCAGGCGGGCCACCCGCUGCCGCCGGUGGCGCAGGGGACGUGGCCGUGGUGCCCGUGGCCGCGGGGCCGCCUGGGCUGGGAGGGCCCCCGCCCCUGCCGCUGGCGGCGGCACUGCUUGCGGGUGGGCUCGCCGCUGCGGGCGGAGGCGCCGCCGUGCCGCUGGCAGGAGGGCCCUUGGGAGCUGAUGCUCCGCCAGGGGCCGCGGCGCCGGCCCAUCGCCAGUGGAUCGUGGUGGCUAACGAUGGGCAGCCAGGAGCCCCAGCAGUCGGAGCUGACUGGAGUGUGGACGCGAGUGCGGUCAUCGUUGGCAACUUCGCUCUGGUCAAGCUCGGCUGCUCGACCCUCGUCUUGAAGAGUAUCGACGUCGGCAGCAAGCAGCUCAAGCUGGUCGCCAGGCGGGGCGAGCUUGAGCAGGCCACUGACGCGCGUGUGCUGCCAGUGCUCUAUGACCAGAUGGGCCAGCGGUUCCGCUCGUUCGUCGACGCAGUGGGCCUGCUUGAGGAGCCUCGCUUCACGGACUUCCCGAUCCAGGGUCCGAGGGCCGAGAAGUGGAUGCGGGACGCCCACGUGCCGGACAACGACAGGGUCAAGCACGAGCAUAGCAGUCUCAUGGAGAUCCUCGAGUAUGCGCUCACAUAUGACCUCGGCGAGAUUUUGUUUGAGGCAUGGCGGAUGGUCGCCAGCGUGACCUACUACCUCUGCCAAGGCUGGGCGAGACUGAAGUCCCACGUGGCGCUCUCAGUCGUGGAGUUCAGCAGCGUGUUUGUCGUCGUGCGUGGGUUGACAGGCGCGUCGGCGAGACAGUCUGGGCCCUCUAUGAGCUUGGAGGGGUUGGCAGCACACCGCACGGUGGUCCUGGUGGAGAGCAGGCUCGUUCUGCUGUUGCUAUGGUCCGAGAUGCUGUGUCUGCCAUGCCCUUGCCUCGCGAGCGGCCCGCUCCGCAUGAAGCCCUCGCGGCGCUUCUGCGUGCAGGCGCUCGCUACGGAGACAGCGAGUGCGCCGGGGACAUUGCACCGUUUGGUUUGGCGCCUGUCUCGCUGCCGGGCCGCGGCCUGUCAGGGGUGGAUAUCUACCAGCAGCUCCGAGCAGGCCGUCUACUCCGCCAGUUUUGACAUCGAGGACUACUUCCAUGAACUCAGGAUCGAUGAGGAUCUUUCGCAGUACUUCGCGCUACCCGCUGUUCGGGCAUCAGCAGUCGGGGUGGAGAGCAUCGAUGGCGUCAAGGUCGACGCCCGCGAGCUCAUCUACCCGGCGCUGCAGUCUCUGCCCAUGGGGUUUUCGUGGGCCAUGUGGGCGGCCCAGCUGGUCGAGGCUAUGCACCUCCAGGCGCUUGAAGGCGCCAGGAAGGCUGGGUUUCACGUCCACGAGAUCGAGCGCGUCAGUGCUUCCUUGGACGUCAUUAGUGUGCACUUGGACGGCGAGAGGGAGAUGCGGGCCAUCCUGGGCCACCUGUGCUUCGCCUUCUUGCUGCGCCGCCCUUGUCUAUCCUGCGUUGCGGCCUCAUUUGCCUUUGCCGAGUCCACUGGGGACGACUGCAAGAACCUCUGGCCCAGCGUCAAGAGGGGGCGUCUCCUCGCCGCCGCGAUCUUGCCGCUGGUAUACGCGGACAUCGCGGCGGGCUGGCUUGACCAGGUUCAAGAAGGGCCCGCGGCGCAAGCACAGGAGGCGGCCCUGGCGGGCUAUGACGUCGCCGAGCCUCCGGUGGAUAGGGGCGGCAACCUCGCAGCUGACAGCGACGAGGGCGCCUGGCUGGCCGUCGGGGACUUCCCAGAUGUCGAGCCCGCCGCAGUCAAGGAGGCGAAGUGGGCAGUGGUCGCCAAGCGCCCUUGUGGUAGUCACGAGGGUACCGUCCAUGUCAAAGAGGCGAGGGGCGCGAAGCUCGGCCUCAAGCAUGUGGUCCGAUGCGGCCGAUGGCGGCACAGGAAGGUCCUCAUGCGGGUCGACAACAUGGGACUGGCGCUGGCGCUCCAAAAGGGUCGAUGUCGCGACCCAGCUCUCCUCGGCCAGUUUCGUCAGAUGGCCGCUUUGCAGCUUGCCACUGGGCUGCGGGCGCAGUUCCGCUGGAUCCCGUCCGAGGUCAAUCCUGCAGAUCGACCGAUGCCUGGCGGCGUGACGACGCGCGAGGUGGCCCAUCGGAUCGAGAUCUCCCCCGCUACGCACAUGGUCAGCCUGGAGACUCGACUUCGCGGGCAGCAGCCUCUGGCGGACGAAGGGUCAGGACCAUCCGAGCAGGCGAGCCUGCCCCGUCCCCCGGCGAUGCCAGCCGAGCGUCCAGGCGGCUCGCGGAGAUCGCGGGCCACAACCUCGACAAGGCAGGCUGCCGCGCGCAGGUCUGCCAGCAGCGGAGGUCUUUCUUACCUCGAGAGUAUCGCGGUGAGGCUUGUCCAGGUCGAGGACUACCACAGGCGGAUCGAGGAGUUCUAUGGGUUCGUCCUCCGCCAGGGCUUGAGCACCUGCACCCUGGACGCCCCGGAGGCAGCGCUACUGAGCUGGGCGGGCGACCCGGGCUUGGAGGGCAGGAAGAAGCACGACGGCGGGGAGCUGAAGGCGGCUGUCCUGCUCUACUGCCCGAGCCACAAGAGGACCAACACCGGGCCACUCGCCAGGUUCGAGAGGUGCCUGAAGGCGUGGGAGCAUCGGCGGCCUGCGAUGGGCAGAUUGCCACCGCCGUAUACGACGAUGUGCGGGCUGGCAGUGGGUCCUCCCCUCCAGAACCACACAGACACGGCGGUGGCCGUGCUGGUCGCGCUCAGCGCCUACUUGCGGCCAGGGGAGCUGCGCGGUCUCCGCGUGCGCGGCGUCGCCCCUCCCGCGCGCGGCUGCGGGGCGGAGCGCCAGAGGUGGUCGCUCGCCCUUGGGCCGUCGGACGGCCAGGGCAACCCGACCAAGACAGGCGUGUGCGACGACAACGUGACGAUAGACCACGAGAGCCUACAGCUCCUCGGGCACUUCUUCGAAGGGGUCGGCAAGGCGAUGGCGAGGUGCGGCAUCUCGUCGCUAGAGGUGGAGAUCCAAAGCGGCCUCGACCUGCUCGCGCCAGGUGUAAUGGCAGCCCUGCUGAAGCUGGUGAGUUCAGGACGGGCCGAGGAGGCGCCGCGGGACGAGGGCGGCGGCAUGAGCCAGCAGGGAAAAGUGAAGCUAUUCAAAGUGGACAAGGGCUUCGGAUUCAUCACUGCCAAGGACGGCACAGACGUAUUCCUGCUAGGCAAGUUCUGCGUCGACGGUGGUGUCCCUCAGAAAGGAGACGUCGUGCGCUACGAUGUCGAGCCGAGUUCCGUCGAUCCCAAGAAGUUCCAGGCCGUCAACGUGACAGGCGGCACCGGCGUGCUACUUGCGCCAGAGGACAGCGGCGCCGCAGCCAAGGAACACAAGGCCGAGGAUAACCCCGCCGCCCUGGUCGUGGCGAAGGAGACAUCCGAUGUCACGCCGGAGCCUCCGUGCGCCAAGGAGGGGUCAGACACCGCGGAGGCGGCAAGCGCCGAGGCAGCCGAUGGCCCCGAGCGCCCCUGCGCCGGGGGCUUCGGGUCCAUCCGCGCCGCGUACGGCGAGCUCGGCUCUGGCGGCUACUACGAGGCACAUGGGGAGGAGUACACGAACCCGCACGAGCCAGCGCUGAAGAGGGCUCUGGUCACGGCAUUUGAGGCGUGGGAACCGCUGUUGGAGCCGCCCGUGCGCCGCGUUCACGACCUGGCAUGCGGCAGCGGGGAAGCGUCGGUGGCAUUCGGCUGCUGGCGGGGGUCUGCGGGUUGCGCUCUGGACGCCUCGGACCCGUACACGCACGCAGCGUUCGAGAACCGGCUGGGGCGACCCUGCCGACGUUGGAGUUUCGAAGACGUGGCUGCUGGGGUCCUCGAGGAGGAGCAGCCGUACGACCUCGUGCUUGCCAGCUUCUGCCUGCACCUGCUCGAGAAGUCUUACCUUCACACCACGCUCGCGGCGCUGGCUCGCUCAUGCCGGCUGCUGGCGGUGGCCACGCCGCACAAGCGGCCAGACAUCGAGGGGUCCACCGGUUGGCGCCUCCGGAGCGAGUUGGUGCACGAGCGCAUCCGCAUGCGACUCUACGAGUCGGAUGGUGCCAGGAGACUCGAGGAAGGUGAGGCGAUUGCAGAGAACAAGUUCAUCGACAUUUGCAGCGCGCCGGAGGAGCAGGACGACCAGGAGGAGGCGCUCGCCGACGCGCGGGACGUCGAGGAGGUCGUCGCCCGCAUGGGGAUGGAGGGGCUGAGGGCCGCGGCGAUCGAGCGGGGGCUCAGCACCGCGGGCACGAGGGGCGAGGUGGCCGCGCGGCUCGCCGUGGCCCUGCGGGAGGAGCUCGACGCGGACGGGGCAGCCGAGGAGGAGGAGGAGCCCGAGGACGACCUCGAGGAGCUCGUCGCCGCCAUGAACCUGGCGGAGCUGCGGAAGGCGCUCGCGGAGCGGGGGCUCAGCGCGGAGGGCAGGCGGGCACAGCUCGCGGAGCGGCUGCUGGCCGCCCUGGCGGAGGCGCAGGGGGAGUCCGCCGAGGAGCUCGUGGAGGCGAUGAGCGCGGCGCAGAUGCGCUCUGCGCUGGCGGCGCGCGGCCUGGGUACCUCGGGCCGGCGGGCCGAGCUCGCCGCACGUCUGCUGGAGGCCAUGGCGGAGGACGAGGAGGGCGAGGAGUCGGAGGCGGACGGCGCUGCCGAGGAGGAGGAGGAGGACGCAGAAGGCCCAGGGGCCUCCAAGAAGGAGAAGAAGAGGCUCAAGGAGCAGAGGAAGAGGGAGAAGGAGCAGAAGGCGCAGGCCGCCGCGAGAGCCCUGGAGGAGAAGAAGCUGCGGGAGAGCGAGAGGCGAAAGGAGAGGAGGAGGUGCGCGAAGCAGGGCGAGCCGCAGGAGGAUCUCGAGAGGGAGCGACCGCCCGAGGGGAGCCGAGGCAGGAAGGCGAAGCAGAAGAACAAGAAGGAGACGGAGGGCUGCGAGCCCGACCGCAAGGAGGCCGAGGCGGGCGAUGACGCCGCAGCGACGCUGAGGACGGAGGGCGGAAGGGCCGCCGAGGAAGUCGUUGGUGAGGGCGACCGUCGGGUCGGGACAGCCGAGGAAGUCGCUGGCGAGGACGACGUCGCGACCGUCGGGUCGGCGGCAACACCAGACGCCGCCGCGGCGCCGCAGGGCUCGGAGAUCUAUGUCUGGGCCGACCCGUUGCCCGCAGACGCCGCGGCGGCCUUGGCGGAGAUGGGUGUGGCGCCCGGCGCGCGGGUCACCGAUGUGGAGCUGGCCGGGGUCGUCGCAGAGGGAGGACCCGAUGUCGCCGUGGCUUGUGGCCUCAUCAUGACGCUCUCCGAGGCCGUCCGGAGGAAGAAGCAGCUCCGCGACGCAGAAGUCGGCGGUGCUGGCCUCCGAGCCGACGGGGGCUACGCGUGGGGAGACCCGCUGCCAGCAGACAGCGCGGAAGCCUUAGCUGCGAUGGGCGUUGUGGCUGGCGCUCGAGUGAGCGAGGUGGAGCUGCAGGGCAUCCUUGCCGAGGGCGGCCCCGGAGCCGCCAUCGCCUGCGGUCUGAUCAGACCCGUCUGGGACGACGGCCAGCGCGGCGAGGGCUGCAGAGAAAAUUUAGGGGGGUUGUGGUUUCUCCUGGUUUCUGUGAAGCCGCCGCCACCAGGAAAUCCUAGUGCUUUGCUUCGUGCCGUGUGUGCCGUACUUGCGAACAUGCGCGCGCACGAGCGAUGGACCUCACGCAGGGCCGGCGGCGUCCGGUCGUCCUGUUGCUGA